CGCAACUUCAGCCAAAAGGAGUUGCCCUUUCUGAGCAGCAUCAAAUUUAUGAUCUCCAGUUAUUAGAAAGAAUUUGCAACACUUCAUGCGAAUUCAGAGCAAAAUGUAGCCAUUGUGAACAGUUAGAAAUAACUUUGAUAUGUAUGAAAUGCAGUGAGAUUUAAUUAUCCGCGGGUGGACUCGGUGGCUGUCGCCUGAGACAUCGUUUACCAUAGGCGGUGAGAGACCGACAAGGCGGCACCACCGAACAGUAUGGUGGAGCGGUCGGACCGAGCCCCCCUGCUGGACUGGGAGGAGGUGCCGACAGCGGAGAAAACCGACGGAAAGGCACCUGCGGUCCCUCACGUUAAGGAGCGGCUGUCCAGCCCGCCCAACAACCGAGCCCCUUCAGGAUGCUCUGGGUUUGGGUGGAGCAGCGGACCAGGGGGUCCCACCAGGACUGUGUCCAACGGAGACGGCUGCGGUGCCCCACCCGCGACCUCCGGCGCUCCGGCGGCGGUGGAUGAAGCGCAGCCUCCCGACAAGGACGCGCAUCUGUCGGAUCCAGGAGCCAUAGAGGUGUCUCUGGAAGACAGGAUGGUGAAGUGGGAGGAAAAGGACCAGAUUGUGUCAGUCUUUGUAGUUACAUUUAAUACCAGAACAGGCAACAUGCUGGAGUGGUGUCUGCCCAAAGACAUAGAUCUAGAAGGAGUUGAGUUCAAGGCCAUCGCCAGCGGAUCCCACCGAGUAACUACAGACUUCAUCUAUUUCCGGAAGGGCAGCUACUUUGGCCUUGCCUGCUUUGCCAACAUGGCGGUGGAGAGUAUGGAGGAGAGGGGGGCGAGGAUGAAGUCAGUGGGGAUCCUGUCUCCUUCCUACACCCUGCUCUACCGCUACAUGAGCUUCCUGGAGCACCAAGUCAGGCUCCAGCUCAAGUCCCCUGGACACUACUCCCCCUUGGAGGCCUUCUAUGAGGACAAAAGGGCAUUGCUGCCCCCUAGUGGAGAGGCAGUUGUCUGUGCAUUACCAACCAGCACAUGGGGGGCUGCUAUCAACCACAGCAUGCACCCAGAGAUGAAGAUCACUCAUCCUGCAGGCUGCAUGUCCCAGUUCAUUCGCUUCUUUGGGGAACAGAUCAUGGUUCUCUGGAAAUUGGCACUCCUCCGCAGACGCAUCCUCAUCUUCUCUCCUCCACCCGUGGGUGUGGUCUGCUACAGAGGUGCAAAAACGUCACAUUCACCCAACAUGCCUGCAAGGGCAUCUGUACUAGCACUGGACAACUCCUGCUUCCCCUCACGCUUGCUGAUUUUUUUCCUGAUUUCUUCCAUAGUGUAUUGCUGCUGUUGCCUUGCCAACAUCUCCAUCCCCGGAGUCGGCGUUGCUGUGCCCGAGUUUCGGCCAUUCUUUUACGUUAACGUUGCCGAUAUCAGUGCUCUGGAGAAUGAGCUGUCCUACGUAGCAUGUACUACUGAGAAGAUCUUUGAGGAGAAGAAAGACCUUUAUGACGUUUAUGUAGAUAAUCAGAAUGUGAAGACUCACAGAGACGGUCUGAAGCCUCUGCUGCGCCUCAGCGCCGCAGACAGAGAGAAGUACCGUAAGCUCACCGAGCAGAGGCAAAUGCUGCUGUACUCCCAGGAGGAGAAUGGAGACUGUGUGUCCAGUGAAGAGGAUCUCUUUAUUUUGUUUUUCCUGGAGCAGAACAACAGGAUUUUCCAAACUCUGAGUGAAGUGGCCGGGAGCUCGGACCCCACCAUCACCCAGGAGAGUGUGAGGGCCAUGGGCUUGGAUCCACAUGGAGACAGGCUCUUCCUGCUCCACCUGCUGGAAAUCUACGGCUACGACAGCCUGCUGGUCUCAGAGCAAUUGUGCUGCAGCUGAGGGAUGGUUGCUGAUUUCAAAAAGGGGUUCUUCAUGUCACAGUCUGAACCUGUGGACACUUUCCUGGAUUAAUGUUUAGUUCUCCGUGCUUGUUUUACCCACUAAAUCACAGCCAAGUUCUACUUGAUUUGGAUUCCUUAGAUCAGGUUGUGAUCUAUUGUGGUGUUUCUACACUGAGCCAGUAUCUUGGACAGCUUCUAACAUCUGACUGAUAAGAGGAAAGAAACAACCAAGUCAACCAAAUUGCACAAAAAUAUGGAGCCGAGGAUAAAUCCAAGGACUUUUUCAGAGAAGAGAGGUGUGCUUCCUGUGAAUAACACAGACGUGUGUGUGUGUGUGUGUGUGUGUGUGUGUGUGUGAUGGGGUCUUAAUGUCUCCCUGUGCUGGAUUGAUCUAGUGUUUCAGCCUCUAGGACAAAAUCAGGGCCUCGUUAUUUUCACUGCCUUUCAGAAUAUUGUCUGUAACAUCACAUUUUAGAUGGCAUCACUUUAUGAAUGUUCUGACCAAUUCAUGUUCAUGGUAGCUUAUUCGCAUCAUUAGACAGUAGAAACAUGCUUUAAGUAGCAUUGAACCACACCUUUCUUACCAUAUCUUAGAAACAGAAUACAAACUCUGUGCUUUUAGUGAAAUCAUGCAGCAAACAUGACAGGAUAUCAGCUUCUCUUCACCUAAAACUGUUUAUUUUUUUGUAUUUUAUUUAUUACGCAGCAAAACACUACUUGUAGGCAUGGGCCAGUCACAGGCUUAAAGGUGCAUUACGUUUUAAAAAGGCUAGAUAAUAGGUAUUUCAGUUAUUCUCUUCCUGUUUCAAAACUUUCUAACAGGGCAGCACAAGAUGCCAACAGGUUCCUCCAGAAAAUUCCCUCUAAUCUAAAAAGCAAAGUCAGUGGUUUGGGUUAAUUCUUUUAGACAAAGGAAACCUAUGUUCAUUAGAGAAAUAUGGUGCAGUAGCUUCUUAAGGCUAGUGAAACUUCAGGAGAACCACUUGUCUCUACACCAAGCUAUGCCAAGUUGAAAUUUGUGGAAACACGAGCAGCUAAGAGAAUUAGCAGACAUCUUCCAGACAGAGAAUGAAGGCAGGCCAAUAAAAGUUAUGCUAGGCUUAGGAGUCUAAUUCAGUCGCUGAUGUCAAAAUAAGUACUAGAGUGUCAAGCAGCAACAGACAAUUUUCUGCUAAAUUAAUCCAUGAGGAAUAAAACAGGUUACCUUGUAAAGUUUCUAAUGAUCUUGUUUACAAAUGUUCAAAAUGAAAAAUUUUAAACCAUCAGCGGUGUUUUAUCUGACAUACAGAGAACAAGCGUAAAUGAGGCUGUUCCAGUAAACACCUUGUGUUUAUGCCAUAUUGAAAUUAGUAAAAUAGAAUUAUCUUUUUACAACUCAACUUCAAUCAAAUUUAUCUUGCAAGUAAAUACAUUUAAAAAAAUUAUUUAUAUAUUUAUAUUCAUUGAAACAAGCAUUCACUUUGAAACUACUCACUAAAAUUUGUUUAGGCUCCAAUUAAAUACUUUAAAUUUACAUUUAACUUUAAAUUGCAUUUAUUACAUUUCAAAUAAAUUUAUUUUUGUGCUGGCAUUUCAAAAUAAAAUACAAUAUUUUACUUUUCCAUGGCGUUCAAAUCACACUGGCCCAUGCCUGGUUAAGUCUGUAAUAUCAGCUUGUUGCAUUUCCCUGUAAAGAGAGCAGCUGAGGAUCUCCAAAAGCUUUUAUGUCUCACCGAAACUUAAAGCUAAAUGUUUUACAUCUUCACACAACAGCUUGUACAGAACUGAAGCCAACGUGUUUGUAGUUUAAGGGAUUGUCCGACACAUGUUAAAACACCUUCACUUUAUUUAUUUUUACUGUAAACCAUUUCAGAAAUAAAGUGUACAAGCACUUCAAAAUGAAACACACCCCUCAUCCUCUCAUUCCAAAUAUUCUCUUAUCUGUUCCCGUAUCAUCAAUCCAAACGGCCUCAAACGUCGAUCACAGAUUUCUCAUCACUGAAAGCUUGAGGACAGUCAGCCAGCUCUGCUUAAGGUCAGAAUCCUCGCAGGACAAAAUAUGGCAGGUUCUGGACUCUUUGAGACAGAAGCAGUGCUGACCCUGCAGGAGAUCCUCGAUGACACAGCCAAGGAGCGGCACGGAAACCAACGGCUUCUCAUCCUGGAAAUGUGACAGAGGGUAAAGGUCAAGAGACACCCCUCUAGGACCCUCGUUUAGCAACCGUACAUACGCACAGAUCUGUGGCAAUGUCAUGCGUAGGGACCAAUUUAUCGUGCAGUAUUCAUUUUGUACUUGUGCGUGGAAAUGUUCCCGAUUAUAAAAAAAAAAAACCUCAGACCAUACGAACAACAUCUAGUGGUAGGCCACAUGAGAACUGAAGUAUCGAAGGUCUCAGUUGUCCACACAUGUUCCCCAUCCACAAAUAUUUUACCCAAUAUGUCGGUGAAAAAACAGCUUUUUCGCAUUAUUGAUGCUAAAACUAAUAAAAGACACACGUGACCAA